UCCUUGACCUUGACCUCAUGUCCCUAGUCCUGACCUUUUCUUCACCCUUGAUGUUGUCCCUGCACCUGGCCCACCCUGGACGGUCCUUAACGGGUGGCCAGUCUAUCCACGCACCGAGAAGGGCCCGCAAGAGAGCGGAGGGCGGAGCCAGCUCCAAUGUCUUCUCCAUGUUUGAUCAGUCCCAGAUCCAGGAGUUUAAAGAGGCCUUCACCAUCAUGGACCAGAACCGGGAUGGCUUCAUCGACAAGGAGGACCUGAGAGACACCUUUGCUGCCUUGGGCCGCAUCAACGUGAAGAACGAGGAGCUGGAGGCCAUGGUGAAGGAGGCCCCCGGGCCCAUCAACUUCACCGUCUUCCUGACCAUGUUCGGGGAGAAGCUGAAGGGUACGGACCCAGAGGAGACCAUUCUCCACGCCUUCAAGGUGUUUGACACCGAAGGGAAAGGUUUCGUCAAGGCUGAUUUCAUCAAAGAGAAACUCAUGACCCAGGCGGACCGGUUCAGUGAGGAGGAGGUCAAGCAGAUGUUCGCGGCUUUCCCUCCAGACGUGUGUGGCAACCUGGACUACAGGAGCCUGUGCUACAUCAUCACCCACGGCGAAGAGAAGGACUAGGGGUCCAAGGGCCCCCCCCCCCCACCUUCGGAGGCGGCAAACACUGGCGGUGUUUCGGGGGUGGCCACUGGGGAGGCCCCACAGCCAAUGUGUGUAAAGAAAACGCUCCCCUCGUCCCGUGGGCUGGGGGCAAAGCAAGAAUAAA